GGGGUGGGGGGUGGGGGUCCUCGCUUGCAGCCUUGCGGAGGCAGUGUAAGCUGGGGCCACAGCCGCGGGAGGUAAGGCCGUUUGGCAGUGCCCGGGGGGCCGCAGAGUGCGGGCACGGCGUCCUGUGCCUGGCUGGCAAGAGGCAGCCGUCCCCCCCAGGAGCUCCCCAGGAACACCGCACCCCACUUUUCUCCCUCCCGGGCCCCGGACGAUCCGGAGGCGCUUGAGUUGCGGGAGGUGGGGAAGCCGAGCAGGUGCUCUGAGGGAAGCGGCUCCGGGGCCAAGGAUGCCCAGGUGCCCGGGGGCUCCCCAGACCCGAGCUGGGGGGCGGGCAAUGUGUGGGCCGGGCCGGACACCUCGCCCAGCGGGGCUUGGGGCGGGCUGGGCUGCUUCUUGGAGUUGCCCUGGGAGACCGACCGCUCGGCUCAGAGUGAUGUCCCCUGGUCCUGGCAUCCUCGGGAUCUUCAGAACUUAGGACUGGGUCAGGUCCCUCCUCUCACUGCCCAGGAUGCCAGCCUCAUGCCAAAGCGAGGGUGCUACUGGCCCUAGGGAGAUGACGGGAAGGACUCGGAGGUGUCCCCGGAUGGUGACAUCAUCCCUUCUCUGCUCUGUGCCCGCCCCGAAUUUCAGCCCCUGCCCUCGUGCAUUCGGGGACUGGAAAGGUUGGGACUGUGGAGCCGGGGGUGGGGGUGGGGCGUUGGAAGACUCCAAGGGCUCUCUUAACACCAUGUUUAAAGGAGGAGGGGAUAAGGUGUCCCUCGCGGGGAUGAAGGGUGUGUUAGUUACAUCUCGCCUUCCCUCCUGGAGAUCCUGGUGGCUUAGGACUGAGGUGGGUGGGGCUCCCCGGGUCUGCCCGGAGUUAGGAAUUGGGUGCUCGUCUUGGAAAUGGAGCCGAGCCCCUGGGUGUGGUCAUGAGCCUCUGGGGUGCAGUCUGGCCUCGGCCCUAGAGGAUGGGCAGUGGAAAAGGUGCAUAGCCUGGUGGCCUCCCACACCUCUUGCUCCUGAGGUCCGACUUCCCCUCUCUCUGGUAGGACAGGUUCCGACCCGGCACUUAGCAUAGGACCCUGCACACAGUGGGCUCUUAAUGAACGUCUUUGGCUGUGAAUUGAGAAUCUGAAGUGGGUGGUGAAACAAAGAUAAAUACUUUAACAAGUGACAUCACUGAGUCCAACUUUUUCAUUUAAAAGAACACGAGCCCCAGGAAAGGAGGUGGUGACUUUUUGAGGCCACGUGGAUGGGAUUUGAACCCAGGUGUGGUACGUCCCACUGGUGGAGCACAGGUGUGUGACCGCAGGAAUCGUACCUGAAAUUGGGAGAGAUGCCUGGCUUUGAAUGCCUUGCCACUUCCAGCUCUGGGCCUUUGUUUAAGUCACUCCUCUUUCUGGGGCAAUUUUGGGAAGUUUUGCUGUUUGCACCUUUUAAAAGCCCCACCAUUCCACCUUCCUGCCUCAGUGCUGCGGUGAGACAUGUACUUGGUAGACGAGAAAGCCCUAUAGAAACGUGAGUUCUUGGACAAUGUCCCAAGGCCUCGGGUAGGGGAAGGGCAAGGGCAGGAUCAAGGUCAGCCUCCUGGAGGGGUCCAGGUUUGAAUACUACCCGGAGUGAAAUGGAGAACUUUUGUGCCCCUGACCACAGGGACCCGAGUGGAGGUGUCCCUCCCGAAGCGCCCCAUGCUGACGGCUCUUCCUUGCUGUUUCUGCCCCUGCCCUGGCUCCAGGGGUGAUGAGUAACACGACAGCACCCAGUGCCCCCAGGGCUGCCAGCGACUCCAUGGUGGGCUACGUGCUUGGCCCCUUCUUCUUUAUCACCCUGGUAGGGGUGGUGGUGGCCGUGAUGAUGUACAUUCAGAAGAAGAAAAGGGUGGACAGGCUGCGGCACCACCUACUGCCCAUGUACAGCUAUGACCCGGCAGAAGAACUUCACGAAGCUGAGCAGGAGUUACUAUGUGAGGUGGGGGAUCCCAAGGUUGUCCACGGCUGGCACAGCAGCUACCAGCACAAACGGAUGCCCCUUUUGGACGUGAAGACGUAAACUAAGGAAGCAGACCCCCACCAAGCCUUGGCCCCACUGGAGGAGACCUCUUUACCUGUUACAGGAGUUCAGAAUUGCUCAUUUCUGCUCACCCCCUUUUGCCCAGCAGUAGGACACAUAGUUGUUAAUCCUUUAUUGGCCUGUUGGCUGGGAUGGCUGUCCUCUUCCAUCUAGGCAGGGGUUCCCGCCCCACCUCCAAGGGGCUAGAGCCUCAUCUCUACGGGCGCUUGCCCUCAGUAUCUUUUGGCAAAUCCAAAAACUGGAGGGCAGGGGGUAGCGAUUACCUGGAUUUGCACUCCUCCCCUUCCCCGAGAUGUCCCAGCAUGCUCCACUUCGCCCUCGCUACUGUCAGGUGCUGGGUUAUGGUUUCCUAGGGAGGGAUUUGUAGCAGAAUCCCAUCUCUAGGGAUGGCUUUGUUUAUAUUAUAGUGUAUAUAUAUGUAUAUAUUUUGUAAAUAAAAUGUUUUGUGGA